UUGAUUCAGUCGCAUUCUUCCAGCCCCCUUUUCCUGGUAAUUUAGGUUUUUUUUGGUGGAGUUGUUCCCUCCCUUCAUCACCAGGAAAAACCUUUACCUCCACCCUCACAUUAUUCCACUUGCUCGCUGCAUUCGGACUUAUAUCAGAGCUCAGCGGACGUCCAGCUCCAGGUCUGGUGUUUUGAAAAUGUCUUAUUUGCCACGUUAAUAGCUGAACUAUUAACUGAGGAGGGAGAAGACCUGCUGCACGAACACCGACUGAAAACCCUGAGAGUUAAUCUCCUCCAGCCUCAGAAUCAGAAUCAGAAAACCUUUAUUUGUCCCUCAGAGGGGACAUUUAUUUGUUACAGCAAGAAAAGAGCCAAAGACAGCUUAAUAUUAACCUAAGUUUUAGAUUUAGUCUCAGGGGAAGAAAGAGGGGAGAGAUUUAGUCUCAAAGGGGGAGGAAAACCGUUCAGCCAGGUGCCUUAAACAUGGCGAAAGUCAUCCACGUCAGUAAAAAUGUGGGCCUGGGGCUUCUGGUGCUGGCGGCCAUUGCUCUGGUUACAAUUAUAGCUUUAUCCGUCGCCUUAGAUAAAGAAAAGGCCAAGAAGCGAGGAGGAAACAGUGAGGAUAAAGCAACAGGCAGCACCAGUGUUCCCAUUACUACACCUUUCACCCCAAAAGAGCCGUGGGACAAAUACAGACUCCCAGAAUCCCUUUCUCCCGUUUCCUAUAACGUCACCUUGUUUCCUCGGUUGAAACCCGACGCUAACGGACUCUAUAUCUUCACUGGAAAUUCGACUGUGGUGUUCAAAUGCGUGAAGGAAACAGACCUGGUCAUCAUCCACUCCAACAAGCUGAACCUCACCAACUUCGAUGGGUUUUUCGCCAAGUUCAGCGCCGUGGGUGAAGCAUCUUCUCCAUCGGUUCUGAAGUCGUGGCUCGUUGUGAAGACGGAGUAUUUGGUUCUUCAGCUGAGUCGCAGAUUAAGUGUUGGAGCGAUGUAUGUUCUGCACACUGAGUUUCAGGGCGAGCUGGCAGACGACCUGGAGGGUUUCUACAGGAGCGAAUACACUGAUGACGGAGUGAAGAAAGUUGUUGCUACCUCACAGAUGCAGGCUACGUAUGCCAGGAAAACUUUCCCUUGCUUCGACGAGCCGGCCAUGAAAGCUUCCUUCAACGUCACCAUCGUUCACGAGAGAGAAACCGUGGCUCUGUCCAACGGCAUCGAGACCGACUCUGCAGACUCCAUCAUUGACGGCGUUCCCGUUAAAGUGACGACGUUCGAGCCCACAGCGAAGAUGUCCACAUACCUGCUGGGCUUCAUCGUCUGUGACUUCGUUAGCAUCGGUUCCAUCCCAGACAGCAACCUGCAGAUCCGAAUCUGGGCUCGCAGGAAAGCGAUAGAAGACAAACAGGGAGAUUACGCUCUGAACGUCACAGGGCCGAUCCUUCACUUUUAUGAAAAAUACUACAACACAUCGUACCCACUCUCAAAGUCAGAUCAGAUCGCUCUCCCUGACUUUAACGCCGGGGCGAUGGAGAACUGGGGUCUGGUGACCUACAGAGAGACGGCCCUGCUGUUCGACCCCUUCAUGUCCUCUAAUGGAAACAAAGAGAGAGUCACCACCGUCAUCUCACAUGAACUCGCUCACAUGUGGUUUGGAAACCUGGUGACUCUGCAGUGGUGGAACGACCUGUGGCUGAACGAGGGCUUCGCGUCGUACGUUGAAUACCUCGGGGCGGACUACGCAGAGCCCACCUGGAACAUUAAAGAUCACAUCGUCCUGUCUGAUGUCCAAAAAGUGUUCGCUGUGGACGCUCUCGCCUCCUCUCACCCUCUGUCCCGCAGAGAAGAGGAGGUCAACACCCCGGCUCAGAUCAGCGAGAUGUUCAACACCAUCUCCUACAGCAAGGGAGCCGCGGUGCUCAGGAUGCUCUCAGAGUUUCUCACUGAGCCGGUGUUCGUCAAAGGACUCAGUUCUUACCUGAACACGUUUGCCUUCAGCAACACGGUGUACACAGACCUGUGGGACCAUCUGCAGCAGGCAGUUGAAAACACACCCGGUAUCGUUAUUCCUCACACCGUCCACGACAUUAUGAAUCGCUGGACUCUUCAGAUGGGCUUCCCAGUCGUCACCAUCGACACUCAGACAGGAAGUGUUACCCAGAAGCACUUCCUGGUGGACCCUGACUCUGUGGUGGAGAGACCCUCUCAGUUCAGUUACACAUGGUUUGUCCCGAUUAAAUGGAUGAAGACAGGCGUAGAGCAGCAACAGUACUGGCUCCUUCAAAAGACAGACACCCAUGAGAUGAUGCGAGUUUCAGGAGAGGACUGGGUUCUGGCCAACACUAAUGUUUCCGGGUACUUUAGGGUCAACUAUGAUGCGGAAAACUGGGAUCGGCUCCUCACCUUGCUCAACACCAACCAUCAGGCUUUAUCAAUCAUCAACAGAGCACAGAUCAUCGAUGAUGCAUUCAACCUAGCAAGGGCCAAGAUAAUCGAUACAACAUUGGCCCUGAGAACGACCAAAUACCUGUCCAAUGAAAGAGAAUACAUCCCCUGGGAGUCGGCCCUGAGAAACCUCAACUACUACAUCCUCAUGUUCGACCGCACGGAGGUCUAUGGAGCUUUACAGCCAUACUUCAAACGACAAGUUGAACCAUUGUUUGAGUACUUCAAGAUGAUUACAGCUAACUGGACCAAAGUACCAACAGGACACACUGACCAGUAUAAUGAGAUCAAUGCUAUUGGAAUGGCAUGCACUAUGGGGGUGAAGGGCUGCAGGGAGCUAAUCCAAAGAUGGUAUGGAGAGUGGAUGGAAAAUCCACAAUUAAACCCGAUCCAUCCCAACUUGAAGAGCACAGUUUACUGCUAUGCUAUAGCUGCUGGAGGUGUGGAGGAGUGGGAUUUUGCCUGGAAAAUGUUCAAAAACGCCACUUUAGCAUCUGAAGCCACCAGACUCCGAGCCGCCAUGGCCUGCACCAAAGCACCCUGGCUUUUAAACAGGUAUCUGGAGUACACCUUAGACACAACGAAAAUCCGCAAGCAGGACGCCACCUCGACCAUCCGGAGCAUCGCAGGAAACGUGGUGGGGAUGCCGCUCGCCUGGAACUUCGUCAGAGGGAGAUGGAGCUACCUUUUCAACACGUACGGAAAAGGAUCGUUUUCCUUCUCUAACCUCAUCAGCGGCAUCACCAGGAGGUUCUCCACUGAGUUUGAGUUACAGGAGCUGAUGAAAUUUAAAGAAGACAACCUCCAUGUUGGAUUUGGCUCGGCCACCUUGGCGUUGGAGCAGGCGAUCGAGAAAACCACGGCCAACAUCAAAUGGGUGACGGAGAAUAAAGCUCCUGUGAUGAAGUGGUGUACAGAGGAAUCAUCAAAAUGACACACAGGGACACGCAAUGAAUGAUAAUCACUAUAAUCAUAUUUUUCUUGGUAACCGUUGCGCAAAAAAAGGAGAAUUACGUCACCGGUCAUCCACGUCAGUGCUGGAGAAAACACAUCAUUAUAUAUCAGAGCUGGAAAUAGACACACACUCGCACCUCUAGUGUGUGAUUGUCAGAGAAAAAGGUAUUUUAAAACAUUUUUCUACACGGGAAAAACGGAUAUAUUGACUUUAAUUAAAUGGUUUUACUGUAUGUCAACAGAGUUCACAUAACUGUAUUAGGUUAGUUGAAGUCAAUAAUGUUAAAGGGGACCUAUCAUGCAAAAUGCACGUUUUGAUGUCUUUUAUACAUCAACAUGUGUCCCCGGUGUGUCAGGGAACUCACGCAGCGUCAGAAAAUAAAACCCUCUCUCUUUUCCUCCGUACCCAAAUCUCUAAAAACGGGGAACAACGGAGCUGAUCCAGAUUUGCGUCCGAUAUGACGUAAUAUCUGAAAUGUGUCCGAAUCAGCACUUUAGAAACAGGAAGUGAAAUAGAGGGAUAUGAGGCGUGGCUAGAAUGGGUGAUCUGUUUGGUAUUUUGAGCAAAACACUUCAUAGACAUGUUUUGUAUAUAUCUAAGACCCAUGCUAUCGCCUAUAAAUAGCAUGAUAGGUGACCUUUAAAGUGUUCUAUUAAUUAAACGUUAUAUUAUUGUUUUGAACUAACCUAAUACAGUUAUGUGUACUCUGUUGAGAUAAUACAUUUAAUUAAAGUGAACAUUUCAGUUUUUUCCGUUUUUUCAUAUUUCUUUAUUCUCAGAACGGCGUGUCUUUUUCUUUAUACUUCAGAUUAUAUUUUGCCGCUUACUAUGAUGUUUGCAAUGCAUUUAUUCCAUUAACAUGAAGCAUUCAGCCACUUUAUGUACGUUUAUUUGCAUUAAUGUGCCUGAAGCCUGUGAAUAAUAGGAUGUUAACUUCAUGUAUUUUUUAAAUCGACUGCUUUUAUUGUUCAGAAUCAGAAAUGAUGUAUUAGUCCCACAGCGGGGACAAAGUGCACUUCUCAUAACGUCUCUUUAAUGCAUUAUUAUUAUGCAUUAAAAUCAGCUUUUACCACUUAAUUAUCACAGCUAUAAGCACUCAUUAAUAUGUAUAACAAUAUUCAUGAUAAAUCAUUUUAAGAACUUGAAAGAACCUGUUUUAUAAUUAUUCAUAAUUUCUGGUCACUCAUCGACAUCAGUUGUUUAAUAAAGCAUUAAAAAGAGAUAAUUAGAUACACUAAGUAGUCAUUUGGUGGUUUAAUUGAGGCGUGUGGCGCAGUGGACUAGUGCGUUGGUGUUCUGAUCAGGGGAGCACAGGUUCAAACCCCACUGCAGUCAGCAUGUCGUUGUGUCCCUGAGACACUUCACGCCAAAGUGCUCCUGUUGGGAUUGAUCACAGUAUUGAGUAUGUAAGUCGCUUUGGAUAAAAGCGUCCAACAUGUCAUGUAAUGUUAAUUAAAGUGGACAAAAUAUAAUUUAAUCCACAUAAGAACUUGAAGCACCUAAUGCCUUCUUAGAUUACAUUUAAAUCACAUUAUACUGCAUUGUGUAUAACAACUACGAGAAUUAAAGUAAAACAUAGUAAAUAUCUUACCUUAAAAUACCUUUUAAAGAAAUAUGAAUGGUUUUAUAAUAUUGACCGUAUGAGUCAGUUUUCAAAUGACGUUAUUAAUCUUGUUUUAAACUACCGGUAUUUUGAAUAUUUAUGAGUGCUUAAAGCUUUCAUUAAACAGUGCUUUAAGCAGAUGAUCACAUAUACAUGUGUUUAUAAUGCAUUAAAGACUUAUAGACCUUCAAUUUUAGGAUAAAAGUUCCUAUUUUUGUUUUUUAGUACGCUUUUGCUUGUCUAUUUUUUUUUAUCUUGAUGAGUAGAUCAUAAAUCAUUGCACUACAUGAUACUCUAAAUGUCUGCCAAGUGAAAUAUCGAAGGAGAAAUAAAUCAAAAGUUCAGAAAGAC